CUGGUUUCAUCUAGAUAUUUUGCAUAGGUGUGUGGAAGGCUGGGCCUCUGUCUAUGGUUAUUGUGCGAGUGAGCACGUCACAGAAGCAUUUGCAAUCAGCUUUACAUCUAAUAGUUUUCAGGGAAAAGCAGAGAUUGUCCAUGGGACUGCACAAUAGACAAAACCAAUAGAAUUUAGUGCAACCACAGAUUUAUUUUUGAAUGAAGCAUGAAUGGUCAAUGAAACUGCAACGCUAACAAAAUCUAAAAACAAUAGACAUACCGGACAGAAGGGAUUGAAGGAGCUAAAGAAAGAACAUUCACUUGUCCUAAACAAUUGAUUCCACUGCAAGAAGUAUAUUUUCACUCUGUAUAUUUGAAAAAUCAAGGAAGCCACAAGAAGAAACUUGAAUUUUUUUAAGUUUGCUGAAGAAGUAAAAAAGCCUAAAAAUGGAUAAGUUCCGUAUGAUCUUCCAGUUUCUGCAAGCCAACCAGGAAUCGUUCAUGAAUGGAAUAUGUGGUAUUAUGGCGCUGGCCAGUGCCCAGCUGUAUACAACGUUUGAUUUCAACUGUCCCUGUCUCCCAAGCUACAAUCUGUCGUAUGCCAUGGGUGUUAUGUGCGUACCACCUAUUGUGUUAUUUUUGCUGGGCUUUGUAAUGAACAAUAACGUGUCCAUGCUGGCAGAGGAAUGGAAGAGACCCACUGGCAUGAGGCAGAAGGACUCGGCGGUCUUGCGCUAUAUGUUCUGUUCUAUGACACAGCGGGCAUUAAUUGCGCCAGCUGUAUGGAUAUCAGUGACGUUAUUACAUGGCGAGUGCUUUAUAUGUGCCUUUUGCACAUCAGUGCCUGUGGAUAAACUGGGAAACAUGACUGGUGUAAACUUGUCCGAAAAGGAAAUUAAAAGAAUUCUUGCCAGGAUACCCUGUAAAGACAUCUAUGAUGGGCAUGACAUAAUACAACAAGAAGUGGCAUCAAGGUACCUACGCAGUAUCUCUCAGGCAUUUGGAUGGACCUUUGUCUUACUCAUGACUUUCCUGGCCUUUCUUGUCAGAGCCAUCCGACCCUGCUUUACACAAGCAGCUUUUCUGAAGAGCAAAUACUGGUCCCACUAUAUUGACAUAGAGCGUAAGCUCUUCGACGAGACCUGCACUGAGCACGCAAAAAGCUUUGCAAAACUCUGUAUUCAGCAGUUCUUCGAGACCAUCAACAAAGAUAUGAACUUAGAACAUUCCCGCAUAUUAGAGAAAGCAGCAGAACAGGAAGAAGGUGACAAACUCCUAGGGAUUACAAGUCAAGGAUCAAUGAACAUGCUACUGAAGAACUGGCAUAAAUGCAAACCCCCCCUCAACUUAAAUACUUAUGAACACCAAAAUGGGAAUGGAUAUAUUAAAGAAAAUGAAACCUUCAAUAACCUAAAUGUACCCAAGAAAGAAUCUAUAGCUUAUUAUAGUAAGGUUUAAAAGGACUAAACGUUGACUAGAGGAUUGCUAAAAAGAAAGCUGGAGGAGGCACAUUGAUGGAGUCAGAUCAUACAUUCUAGAAGCAACAUGUCCAUCUCUUGACCAGCUGUACCACAUCUUAUGAUUUAUCAAGAGCAUAUUUAUAUACUGUAGUAGAUAAUGUUUCUUUCAUAAGAAAAGUAUAAUGAUGGGGUCAAGGGAUACACUGAUAGUCUAGGGUGGACGGUGAAGUGGCAAAGUGGUGAGAAAUUUCAGAGAGGUUCUGCAGCGAAUGGGAUGCUACUGAAGAUGAUAGGUGAUUUUCAAUGUUCAUUCUGACAAUUUUUUGGACCUCUACAGGACCAAGGUUUAGGAAAUUUAUGGUGAUUAAAGUGUCAGCAUAUGCCCCCAAGAGUUCCACAUAGGAGCUGUCAUUUUUGGGGUGUCACCUAGCCUGCUGAUGAGUGACCAGAAGAUAGACAUUUGUUUACAAGCCACACCAGUCAUACUUGCCAACUUUUUCUGUAAAAGACUAAAGUAAAGUUCAGUACUGUAUACAGUACUGGAGCAGCUCUAAAGUAAAUAUACUGAUUAGUGCAAUUAUAAGUGGCAGAAAGCUUUCCAGUGGAAAGGUGUUCAAAUAUAUAUUAUAAUCAGCUGUAUUCUACAGUAUUAUAUAGAACAUUGAUAAAAGUCUGUUUGACUUGUGACCUAUGAUGUUUUUAUAUUUUUUGUGUAUUUUUUAUUCAUUGUUGAACUCUGAGCUAUUGUGUUAAUUUAACUCAAAGACAUCAAAGACUUUUCGAUAUGAAAUAUAAUGUACUGUAACUAAAGUAAGUCAAUAAAAGAUGUCAGUUUUAUAGUUAUAAAGGAAUAACAAUGGCAUUUAUUUCCAAGGUAGACAGCGUUUGCAAAAGGUGUACAUAUAUGCCUGGAUCAUAGUCAUCAGACGGUUUUACUAUGUACAUUGGCACUGGGAGGACUUUACUAAAGCUGGAUAAACACUGGGCAAUAUAGCCACCCGCGGGUGACUGCACAAGAUUAGGUUGUUCUACAGGAUCUAAGGAACUGGAUCUCUUCCAGGUCACACCAGGGUCUUUAAGUGGGUUGAGUAUGAUAUGUUGACAGUCAUAAUGUCGGCAUCCCUCAUAUUUACAUGAAAAUGGUG